AUGUCUUUUGUCAGAAAAGCCCAAAUCCUUCUGCAAAGGAGCUUUUCUCGCUCGAGCCAAGUGCUAUCCGAGAAAUUGAACAAGCACUCCUCGAUUGUCACCGAGGAUGUGUCGCAGGGAGCCUCUCAAGCCAUGUUGUACGCUACUGGGUUUAAGGAUGAAGACUUCCACAAGGGCCAGGUUGGUGUUGGAUCAGUCUGGUGGGGAGGAAACCCGUGCAACAUGCACUUGAUGGAGCUCAACGAUAAGUGUACCGAGUCUGUCAACAAGGCGGGGCUCAAGGGCAUGCAGUUCAACUCGAUCGGUGUCUCGGACGGUAUCACCAAUGGUACUGAGGGAAUGAAGUACUCGUUGCAAUCUCGUGAGAUCAUUGCCGACUCAUUUGAAACUAUGAUGAUGGCGCAGUUGUACGAUGGUAACAUCGCUAUUCCAUCGUGCGAUAAGAACAUGCCUGGUGUGCUUAUGGCCAUGGGUAGACACAACAGACCUUCCAUCAUGGUUUACGGUGGUACCAUUAUGCCCGGAAAACCUUCUUGCUCGUCCCCACAGGUGGGCGAGAAAAUCGACAUCAUCUCUGCUUUCCAAUCAUACGGUCAGUACUUGUCGAACUUAAUCACAGAUGAGCAGAGAAAAGACGUUGUUCGUCACGCCUGCCCUGGUCCAGGUGCCUGCGGCGGUAUGUACACUGCCAACACCAUGGCAUCGGCUGCUGAGAUCUUGGGUAUGUCCUUGCCAUACUCCUCCUCGGCCCCUGCUGUGUCUAAGGAGAAGGCAGAGGAGUGUGCUAAUAUUGGUAAAGCCAUCAGACACUUGAUGGAAAUCGACUUGAAACCCCGUGACAUCAUGACCAAGAAAUCGUUUGAAAACGCUAUCACUUAUAUCAUUGCCACUGGAGGUUCUACAAACGCUGUGUUGCACCUCAUCGCUAUCGCCUCCUCUGUAGGCGUUGAAAUUACUGUCGACGACUUCCAGAGAAUUUCUGACAGCACUCCAUUGUUGGCUGACUUCAGACCCUCGGGUAAGUACGUGAUGGCUGACUUGCAAGCCAAGGGCGGAACUCCAGCUGUGGCCAAGAUGUUGUUGGAAGAAGGCUUGCUUGAUGGUGACCAGAUGACUGUAACUGGUAAGACACUCAAAGAGAACUUGAGCAAAUGCCCCGGCUUGCCUGAGGGCCAGGAUAUCGUCAGGCCUUUGUCCAACCCAUUGAAACCCAGCGGACACUUGCAAAUUCUUAAAGGUACCUUGGCUCCAGGUUCUGCUGUGGGCAAGAUCACCGGUAAGGAAGGAACAUACUUCAAGGGAAAGGCUAGAGUGUUUGACGCCGAGGAGGACUUUAUCACUGCUUUACAGGCUGGAGAAAUCAAGAAGGGCGAAAAGACCGUGUGUGUUAUCAGAUACGAGGGUCCAAAGGGUGGACCAGGUAUGCCAGAGAUGUUGAAGCCAUCUUCAGCAUUGAUGGGUUACGGUUUGGGACAAGACGUUGCACUUCUAACAGACGGAAGAUUUUCUGGUGGAUCCCACGGUUUCUUGAUUGGUCACAUUGUCCCAGAGGCUGCCGUGGGUGGCCCAAUCGCCUUGGUAUAUGAUGGUGACGAGAUUGUCAUUGACGCUGAGAACAACAGAAUUGACUUGCUCGUGGAGGAGGACGUUUUGGCCGAAAGAAGAAAGAAGUGGCUGCCUCCUGAGCCAAGAUACAAGAGAGGUACUUUGCGCAAGUACUCUCUCUUGGUGAGUGACGCUUCCAAAGGAUGUGUCACUGACUUGUAG